CAGACUGUGCCCUCCAUCCAGAUUGUGCAGACCCUGCCUGCGGUCCAGCUGGUACACACGUUUUGAAGAGAUGUACUAGGAGUACCUCUGUCAUAGACACCCCCUUCCCCCACAACUAACUGUUCUCCUCAGCUGCGCUGGGGUCAGCCCCAAAGUCAAGGGGGCUGCUGCCUGGGCUUGCUAAUAAAGACCCAGAAUCUCUUCUUGGCUUAGUUUUUCUGGGGAGGGCAUAGUCACGGCAUAGCUCCUGUUUAAGGUGAGGAGCUCUUCAUUCUUGCUUCCUGGCUCUGAGAUGACUUGCUUUGAACUCAGAGGCUAAUUGCUUCUCCGGGAUGGGGAUCAAUCCCCGCAUCCUUUACAUUUUUAAUUAAGGCUUUUAUUGUGUUGGGAGUACAGUUGUGAAGGUCAGAGAGACAACUUUGUGGAAACCUACCAUGUGGGUUUCCACUUGGCAAGUUGUCUAGCUCCCUGAGCUGUUUCUCUGGUCCUCUCCCAUUCUUUGUGUGUGUGUGCGCGUGUCACUGUGGUCAUAAUAGGGAAGGUCAGGGAUCAAAUCCUGGAUUUUCCAUUUCUUUCCUAUAAGUCAUCCUCACCUGAAUGGUAGGUGGAGGAAUAUUAUUGAUCCAAACGAUAUCCCAGGUGCCACCAUAUUGAGAUAAAGGUCCCUGCAUAUGGGGACGCUCAGUGCUGUCCCAACCCCUUCCUGCAAAGACCCAGGUGCCAAUGAGACUAGGUUCACAAGCAACUCCUCCUCUUCCUGAUGCUCAGGUCGCUUAGCAACGAAGGACCAGCAAGAAGGGAGCUGUGCUAACCCUCCACACGCAGGCCGGCAGGUGCACGACGCCAGCUCCCUCCUGAGGGGGCGGUGGCCUGGGGGCUACCAUGCCCCCCAACCACCUGUCAGUGCGAGAGAUGAGGGAAGAUGAGAAGCCCCUGGUGCUGGAGCUGCUUAAGGCUGGUGUGAAAGACACGGAAAACCGUGUGGCCCUCCACGCCCUGACACGCCCGCCAGCCCUUCUUCUCCUGGCUGCAGCCAGCAGCGGAUUGCGCUUCAUCCUGGCCUCCUUCUCCCUGGCCCUCCUGCUGCCCGUGUUCCUGGCUGUGGCCGCUGUAAAGCUGGGCCUGAGAGCCCGAUGGGGCUCUCUGCCUCCACCAGGCGGCAUGGGGGGCCCCUGGGUUGCUGUCCAGGGCUCCGGUGAUGUGUGUGGAGUCCUGGCUCUGGCCCCUGGUGCUAGCGUGGGGGAAGGAGCCCGAGUCACCCGCCUCUCUGUCUCUCCAUGGCACCGUCGCAGGGGCGUGGGCAGGAGGCUGCUGGCUUUUGCUGAGGCCCGAGCCCGAGCAUGGUCUGGGAGUAUGGGGGAGCCUCGGGCCCGGCUGGUGGUCCCAGUAGCUGUGGCUGCCUGGGGGGUGGCAGGGUUAUUGGAGGCUUGUGGCUACCAGGAAGAGGGAGGCUGGGGCUGUAUGGGCUACAUGCUGGUUAGGGAAUUCAGCAAAGACCUGUGACUAGAGACAUGCCCACUAGGGAGCUAUGUGAGGAGCCAGCACCUAAGGGACACCUUCUGUGGACCAGGCACUCUACACCCGCCUCCCUCAGUGUCUACCCAGUCUGCUGGGCACCUGGUAAGGCACGCACCGAAGCUGAUAGACUUUCAUGCCCACAGUGGACCUACCAGAUGCAAUGGGGACUCUGAACUCAAGUAGAACAAAUCUCUUCUUGGCCUUUUGGGACCUCUAGGUCCACUCCCUGCCCCCUAGUCUGAAUGCAUUGAAAAGCCUCUUCCGGUUCUGGGUCUAUGUACAAAACCCCUGCUAUGUGUUGUAGGACUGGAAGGUAUAUCUGGGGAGAGUGAGAGGCAGAGUUUGCCUCCAAGAGUUUGAGUCUGUGAUAGGGUACCCCCAAAUGGGACAGAUCUUCUGGGAGUGGGUGGGGCCGGGAGCACAGCUUCUCCAAGCCCAUCUGGUUUUUUACACUGUUUGUUAAUAAAGCCUGAAAUUUCUGUG